AUUAGGGUUAGUCCUAACCUAAUCUAAACGACCUAUCUAACCUAUGCGAAGUCCGCAGGAGCCAAGCCUCAACAGGGACCUAGGACCCCUCGGAUUCCGCGCAGGCCACGCACGACCAUGGCUGCUACCGCUGACGACAGUGCACACGCCAGCCCCAAGAGGCCGGUUACCCCUCCUGUCCCAGUUCAGUCGGCCGACGAACCACUUUAGUGUUCCUCCAACGUCUCCAGCAGUAUUCGGAGACGACGGCAGCUGUGGGAAAAGGAGGAAGCCGCCCGCCAGCAGGAAAUUCAAUGCCAGCUGGCAGAGGCAGAGGCAGCACGUCAGCAGGCCGCAGCAGAAGCUGCAGCAGCCGCACGGUUGCAACAGCAGCAGGUCGAGGCUAGUCAACACCAAGCUCGUUACCAAGCCACGAUGGACCUUGCACGCGAUGAAGCCACGUAUGGCAGGCUACUUCGACAACAGCAUUUCCAGGAAACCGAAGAACGACACGAGUCGACCGACGAAGAAGGUGACAAAGAAGGUCUUCAUCCGCCAUGAAACAACAUUCAAGGCAAUGGACAAGAAGAUCGCGACCCUGCAGGCCGAGAUCAGCACACUACACGCCGCCAACAGCCAGCAGCAGACACUCAACGACCAGUUGCAGACAGAUGUCAGCAUGGGGUUGGCACAACUGUCAGCAGCUGCGUCAACGGGCAGUGCAGUGGUAGACUGCUGCCCAGCUUUGGCCGUGCAGGCCAAGCAACUCGAGGAGCGGAUCAACCACUUAGUCGCAUCCCUCGGCGACAUCAGCAAGUUUGCUGGAGCCUCGACAGUCAGCAAUCAGCUGCAGACGCUCAGCGACCGCGCUGACCAACGACCGGCCUCUGCCACCAAGGAAUGGAAGAUGUCGAACUUCAAGAUCGAGAAGUUCGACGACUAUCACAAGACUGAUCCGCUGCAAUGGUGGAUGGCGUUCAAUGUGGAGGCGGAUGUACAUCACACACCCGCACAUCGGCGGCUUGACGCACUCUACCUCCAACUCAUCGGAGGCGCACAGGCUUUCAUGACACACAUGGCCGUCAUGUUGGAAUGCACCAUUGCCAACCUCCACACGAAGAUUACGUGGGAGGAAUUCGAGAAGAAAUGGAAGACUAGUUUCAUGGUCAACAAUGACAAACGGCACGCCAUGAACAAGAUCUUCCGCAUAUACCAAGGCCAGCAGACGUCACGGGAGUGGCUGACGGAGUGGCAAAGACUCGUCGCCACCCCGGAGUUGAACUCACCAUUCGACGCAAUCCGGGUCGAAUUCUUCGCCCGGUCAUGCGACGCCUUGACUGCUGCUUUGGGCACCGAGUUUCAGUAUGAGACCUUUGAUGAUCUGAUCUUAAAGGCAAGAGAGCUAAUUCAAGGCAACCGGCGUGCGGCCAACGAGACCCGCCAACAGCCCGGUUACGUGGAGAAAGGAAAAGGUCAACGGACGCCGCAAGUAGCAGCAGUCCAACACGGACCAAGUGAGGACCCCGCAGCUGCGUCUACAUCAAGUGACGAAGAUGUGGCGGCAGCGAUACCACCGCAACGCUCAAGACCCCGAGGGGGAAAACAAAAGGCGAAACCAGCGUCGACGGAUGGAGCACGACAGGCACCAUGGACAAAGUUCGACAUUACCGAAGAUAGGUUCAAGAAACUGAGCACCGCCGGAAGUGCAGCGACAUCACUUCCCAAUCCGCCGGAAUCGGCUGCCUUGCUAGCAGCCUCUCUCACAUCCGGGGAUGGAGCGGUAGUCGCAAGUUCUCACAUUGAGUAUGAGAACUAUGCUGUCAAGUUGGUCCCACUGUUGAACCAGCCUCGCGCAUGCGCGACAGUUCCGCCGUCGGACAAUGAACCGGUUGCCUCGCCAGCCCUUCUAUCGGAGGAUCCGUCAACUUGGGCGAGUCUUGAGAAACUCGAGCCAUUGACGGUUGAGGACUUCCAAUGGUUGCCUCUUCCCUCCACCGGUUCUUUGCCAACUCCGCAUUGCAAUGCCUUAAUGGCACAUUUGCGCGAAUACUUGCACGCUGCAGUACCACCUCCGUCGACGGACGGCGGAGUAGCGGUUGUUGACCUUCGUAACUAUCUUGCGAAUAUCGACCGCGGGUACGCAACGCAACGGUACGUCGAGAACGACGCGCCGCUCCUCUACAUCCGCAUUCAGAUCGGAAAGGCGACCUGCAGUGCCUUGAUCGAUUGUGGAGCAACUCGCAACUACAUCAGCCAAGACUCCAUGCACGCGCCGGGCUUGGCCCGCGCGUUCGAAGGAAAAGUCAGCCUACGCACGUCACCAUGCGAGGCCGUGUCUUUCGACAUAUUGGACACCAAGUUCGAUAUGAUCCUAGGCAUGUUGUGGCUGCAAAGAGAAGACCAUCCGGUCAACUUCCAUCGACGCACUGUUCACAUUCGUGAUCGGCGUGGCGAACUAGUACCGUCUACGAUGCCGCUUCCUCAUCCUUUGAUUGGUUGUCACGUGGUAUCCGCGGCGAGCAUUCGCCAAUCCAUCCGGCGGAACGACAUCGAGGAGAUGGGCAUAUGUUUUCUUCACGCCCUCCCACCCGGUGAUCAGCCCAAGACGGAUACGUCGGACCCACGCAUCAUUGAGCUGUUGGACAGCUAUGAGGAUGUCUUCCAAACUCCCGCCAGAGUCAUACCGGAUCGGCCCAUACGCCACGGGAUCACUCUCGAGGACGGCGUCGUACCUCCGCGCGGAUGUAUCUACCGCAUGGGCGAAGAGGAACUUCAAGUGCUUCGGGCACAGCUAGACGACCUCCUGGCCAAGGGCUGGAUUCGCCCUAGCUGUUUGCCAUAUGGUGCUCCCAUUCUCUUCGUCCGAAAGAAGAACAAGGACCUUCGUUUGUGCAUCGACUAUCGAAAACUUAACGCGCAAACGAUCAAGAACGCCGGCCCUCUCCCUCGGAUCGACGAUCUUCUCGAGCGACUAGGCGGCGCCAAGUACUUCUCGAAGUUUGACCUCAAGUCCGGAUACCACCAGAUCGAGAUCCAGCCAAGAGAUCGGUACAAAACCUCAUUCAAGACGCGGUAUUGGAUCGUCAUGCCUUUCAGUCUCACCAAUGCCCCGGCUACUUUCCAAGCGGCUAUGACAACGAAAUUUCGCGACUUGCUCGACCGCACCGUACUCAUUUACCUCGAUGAUAUCUUGGUUUAUAGCCGAACGCUGAACGAGCACCUCGAGCACCUUCGCUCUUUAUUGGAGCGGUUUCGUAUCGCCAAGUACAAGGCGAACCGCAACAAGUGCGAGUUUGCCCAGCAAGAGUUGGAGUACUUAGGCCAUUACAUUACGUCGCAAGGUAUUCGUCCGCUCGCGGACAAGGUACAAGCUAUUCAAGAUUGGUCGGACCUCAAGUGUACUACCGACGUCCGCUCCUUUCUCGACUUGGCAUCAUACUACAUGCGCUUCGUCAAAGGAUUUCAAGGCAUCGCUGCACCAUUGUCGCGACUUCAAUCCCCCUUGGUGCCCUUCGAGUUCAGCAACGAAGCCCGGCAUGCGUUUCACACGCUGAAGACGGUUUUGCUUCAAGCUCCCGUCUUAAGCAUCUAUGACCCGACCUUGCCUACCAAAGUGACUACGGACGCUUCCAUUUGCCACCGGAACAAAGGGUGCCAUCAGCUCCCGUACGGCGAACUGAAACCAUUGCCGAUUCCUCGGGAACCGGGCCUCUCCAUUGCUAUGGAUGUAACUGGCCCUUUCCCUCGCGAUCGCCUUGGCCACGACGGUAUUCUCACGGUCGUUGACCGUUUGAGCAAGUACGCUCAAUUUCUUCCAUGCAAGUAUCAUGCGACGGCUCCCGAGCUCGCACAACUUUCGCAUACCGGCUGGUUUUGCAGCCACGGCGUUCCGGAAGACAUCGUCAGCGACCGCGACACUCGUUUCAUGUCGGCCUUUUGGACGGCACUCAUGGUAGAAUUCAGCACCAGCAUGAAAUCGAGUUCCGCACAGCAUCCUCAAACGGAUUGGCAAACGGAACGUGCGCAUCAGACUGCGCAGAUGAUGCUCCGCACACUCAUCCGCCCGGAUCAGAAGGACUGGGUUGACCGCCUCCCUAACAUAGAGUUCGCCUACAACACUUCGGUUCACCUGGGGAUUGGCGUGACUCCAUUCGAGUUGCACCAUGGUGGACGGAAAGGACGUAUCUUCACAGACAUUUUGCUUCCACGGGCUGCCGAUAUCGACGCCGCUUGCUCCCCCGCUUCUACACGGAAGUACAAGGAACUGCUGGCCAAAGCCCGCGCAAACAUGCAAAAGGCUCAGGUCCGUAUGCAGCAGCAAGCGAACCGGCGUCGCAUCCCAUGCCCAAUACGCGCUGGCGACCUGGUUUGGGUCACCUUCGAGGAAUUCGCGCUCGAGCAGCACGUCUCGCGCAAGCUCCUCCCUAAGUGGUUUGGACCAUGGAAGGUCACUUCAGCAGCUGGCGACGACCCCGCGGGUCCAUCUUUCAUCAUUUGAGAUUCCCCCGCAUUUGACGGUCCACCCGAUAUUUCACGCUUCAAAGCUGGCGGUCUACACUCCAGCCUCCGCAGC